AUGCGAAUCGAUCAACCAAAUAGUCAGACUAUGCGGCAGUCAUCAGGGUACUCGGAGAUGCGACUCGAUCCAACUAAUAGUCAGACUAGGCGGCAGUCAUCAGGGUACUCGGAGAUGCGACUCGAUCCAACUAAUAGUCAGACUAGGCGGCAGUCAUCAGGGUACUCGGAGAUGCGACUCGAUCAAACAAAUAGUCAGACUAGGCGGCAGUCAUCAGGGUACUCGGAGAUGCGACUCGAUCAAACAAAUAGUCAGACUAGGCGGCAGUCAUCAGGGUACUCGGAGAUGCGACUCGAUCAAACAAAUAGUCAGACUAGGCGGCAGUCAUCAGGGUACUCGGAGAUGCGACUCGAUCAAACAAAUAGUCAGACUAGGCGGCAGUCAUCAGGGUACUCGGAGAUGCGACUCGAUCAAACAAAUAGUCAGACUAGGCGGCAGUCAUCAGGGUACUCGGAGAUGCGACUCGAUCAAACAAAUAGUCAGACUAGGCGGCAGUCAUCAGGGUACUCGGAGAUGCUGCUGCCGUAG